CAAAGUCGGCAUGGUGGGGAGGUUCACGUGUUUGACCUCUGGAAGACCGAUCGUCUGUGUUCCCAGCUGACCUCUACCCGAGCGCCUGCGGUCGUAUUCGAACCACACCUGCUGCUCGCUGAUGAUUUUGGGGGUGGGCCAGUUGAUGUGUUGAUCGGUGCCGACCUCAUGUACCGAGUUGUGCUAUGGGAACAAGUGCGACUGACUGAGCAUCUCAGGGCCCUGGAGACGGUGUUCGGCUACGUGCUGCACGGCCGAGACGACGUGCCGGUCUGCCAGCCGAUGAAGUACGCGCUUCGCUGCAGCCGCCUUCAGACGCAGGACUUCAGGCCGGAACAGCUCUGGAGUCUGGAAACGCUCGGCAUCACCGCGGAGGAGGAGAAAGCAGGACCAUCGGCGAUACCGAGAUGGAGUGAUGCAGACCAAAGGUACGAGAUGAAUCUUCUGUGGAAGUCAGGUGACCGUCCUGUAUCCAAUCUCAGCUCGACGGCGGCGCGGACCAGGCGCAUGGAGAGUCGAUUGACGUCAUCUGAGCGAGAGGAGUACGACCGACACCUGGCGGAACUUCAGCGAACCGGCGUCGUAGAAGUGUCACCAGUCGAAGAAAUGGAUGGCUUCUACCUACCACACAGAGGUAUCUGGCGAAACGGGAAACUGAGGGUCGUGUAUGACGGUUCCGCCACGGACGCUACUGGUCGCAGCCUAAACGAUUACCUGGACGCUGGAGGCAACCUGCUGCGGCGCCUACCAGCGGUGCUGCUGAAUUUCAGGCGGGACUUGGUUGCAGCCCAGGCAGACAUCCGAGCCGCGUUUCAUCAGGUGUCUGUCGCCAGAGAUGAUCGCAAGUUUCUGCAGUUUCUCUGGGAGGAUAGAUGUCUACGUUUCAGACGCGUCCCGUUCGGGAUAACCUGCUCACCCUAUAUGCUGCUGCAGACAAUAUCCACCCACCUUGGUCUGUACAGUGCCACCGAUCCAUCACUCUGUAGGAAACUGGAAGCUGGAUUGUACAUGGACGACGUAUGCGUCUCCUUCCACAGCAGAGGCGAGGCUGAGUCAAGUAUGAAGAGGACUGAGAAGAUAUUCUCUGAUGCCGGAAUGGAGCUGCAUAAGCUGCACAUCACUGGAGACGACACUGGAGCGGAGGCCCACGUCCUGGGCCUGAGAUGGUGUACCAGCUCUGACCGUCUCGCCGUGUGUGUACCUCCCCUGCCAGCCAUAACCACAAAACGCCAACUGCUGUCGACGCUGUGCAAGCCGUAUGAUCCUCUGGGCGUGCUCUCACCUUGGCUCGUUACCGGCCGAGCUCUGUUUCAGAGGACCUGCACGGGAGAGUCUCCUGACUGGGACGAGGAGAUGAAGUCUGACAUCAAGAAGGAGCUAGCCAUUUGGUGCAGGGGAGCGUCGGACCGCGCUGUGUGGUUUCCUCGCACCGUUCGGAUAGCGGAUGACGUGACCUAUCACGUGUUUUGUGACGCAUCGAAAGUCGCGUACUGCAGCGCCAUCUAUGUCGCUUGUGAUGGAGGUGUCAGGCUGUUGAUCGCCAAAUCCCGUCUUGCACCCGCUGCCUCCUCCCUCAGCGUUCCGCGACUGGAACUGAUGGCGGCGCUCAUCGGCUGUCGUCUGAUGGACUUCGUGAUUCGAUCACUGGACCUCAGCAACCCACGAGUCGUGUACUGGACGGACGCGAUGGACGUCCUCUACUGGCUGGAUCAGCGCCGGGCAUUGAAGGUGUUCGUCCGGAACCGGGUGACUUCAAUUCUCCAGCUUACCAGCCGAGACAACUGGCGGUACGUCCGAGGGCAGGACAACCCGGCAGAUCUAGGUACGCGGGGCAUGUCCCUGUCAGACCUGACAGCGUGUGAUGUCUGGUGGCGUGGGCCCGCUUUCCUCAGGUCCGCCUCUGCUGGACCGCAGCCGGCACUGGCAGCUGUGGGUGCUGAUCUGCUGCUGUCUACCGAGGCGGCCGUCGAGCUGAAACCGGAAGAAGUUCAGACGAGGGUGCGGUUGAUCGCAAGUCAAGGUGAGAAAGUGCCGUUCGACGUGACUGCCUGCUCUCACCUCUCCCAGGCCGUGGACAGACUGGCGUGGAUGCGCCGCUUCAUCUCCAACUGCCGCCUGCAGAGGACAGAGCGGAUGACCGGACCGCUCACUCCAGAGGAGAGGAUGCUCGCUGACGAUGGACUGCUGGAGGCGACUCUCCGGACUGGAGAGCGACCGGUGCCCAUCUUGCCUGAUCUCUCUCACAUCACGACGUUGAUUGUCGAGGAAGCACACCGACGGUGUUUUCAUCAAGGGACGCGCGUCACUCUGGCUCUUCUCUCAGCUGAGUAUGCGGUGAGAAGACGGACGGUUCGCCGCGCUGUAGACACUUGUCGCCGAUGUCGACGAUACCGUUCUUUGCCCUACAGAUCGCCAGAGGGUGUUCUGCCGAGUUUUCGGACACAACCGUCUCGCCCCUUCGCCAAAGUCGGAGUUGAUUACUUCGGCCCGCUGUUCGUCAACAACAGCGCCACCAAGGUAUGGGUGUUGUUGAUUACUUGUGCCACAUCUCGAGCCUUGCACCUCGAACUUGUUCGAUCCCAGACGACUGCUGAUCUAGUCCUGGCGCUGAGGAAGUUCUUCGCGCUACGAGGAACUCCGACUCUCGUGUACAGUGACAACGCAAGGACGUUCCACGCGCUGUUAGGGCAUCUUCCGAGGUGUGUCAGAUGGCGCUUCAUCCCAGAGGCCGCUCCUUGGUGGGGCGGGUUCUGGGAGAGGUUGGUGGGUGUGACCAAAGCUGCUCUACGGUCUACUUUGCAUCUAUGCCAUCUGAGCUAUGAAGAAUUGUCCGUUACGUUAUAUGAGCUUGCCUUUUUUGUUAACCUACGCCCUCUUACUCAGGGUGAUGGUGAAGAGCUUCUCACCCCUGCCCAUUUGUUGUUUGGUGUGACAUCUAUCGACGGUGUGUUGUGUCCAACCCUGAACGAAUGUCCGGUCAACAGGGCGUGGAAGCAUCGAAAGAGGGUGUGUGAUCACCUGACCCGGCGCUGGAGCACAGAGUACCUCCGCGCUCUUCGCUGUUGGAGCAAGUCGCCACGGGGGAGGCCCGACCGCACGCCCGGAGUUGGUGACGUCAUCCUCGUGCAGAACGAGGGACCGCGCGGCCGGUGGCCGCUGGCGCGCGUGAUGCAGCUGCUUCACGGUCCUGACGGCCAAGCGCGUGCUGCUACUGUCCGUGUGCGCGGGCGUCCCACGCGCCGCCCUCUCAGCCGGCUCUAUCAGUUGGAAGCAUCCGAGUGAUACCUAACGUGAGGUGUUCUAUGUCACUGCGGAACGUCGCUUGUUUGUUUGUUUUGUGAUGUAAGCUGCUGUGUGUUACCGGGCCACCGUGAUGUCUAGAUAUUCGUAUUCAAGUCGGUUAUUGCGAAAUCUUGUGAGAUUUCGGGUGGGGAGUGUAUGUCGGAAGUACUUACCGUCAUAAAGUUGUUUUGCAAUUGGAAAGUUUUCCCUUCACGCGCUACGUAUGCGCUGCCAUUUUUAUUUGGUAACAUUGUUCGUGUCGGAGGUGGCGCGCCAGUCGAAUACAGUGCACCGUGAGAGC